CGUCUUUGGUCCCCCGCGGGAAUCCUGGCCCGGGGGCUCGCUGGCAAACGUCUUUCUCAGCAAAGACCCAGCAACAGAGCAAGGAGAUGUUGAGAGCAGAAAUGGAGAAUGGAGUGAAGAUGGAAGAACAGGUCUUGGCUGGCUGUGAGGCAGGAAAUGACUUCCAUGAAAUCCCACAAGGAAGCAGCACAGAGCUCUGGGAAAGAGGCGUGGAGGAGGACGUGGGUGGGAGCAGCCCCAGCUCAGACGCAACGUGCCAGCGCUUCAGGCAGUUGGGCUACCUGGAGGCCGAGGGGCCCCGAGCGGUUUGCAGCCGCCUCCACCGCCUCUGCCAUCUGUGGCUGCAGCCAGAAAGCCACACAAAGGCUCAGCUGCUGGACCAUGUGACCCUGGAGCGGUUCCUGGCCAUCCUUCCCCCACAGCUGGAGAGGUGGGUGAGGGAGUGCGGAGCAGAGACCAGUGCCCAGGCAGUGGCCCUGGCCGAAGGCGCCCUGCUGAGCCGGGCAGAGGAGGGGAAGCAGGAAGAAGAACAGGCUCAGCAAAUAUCGGGCACAUCAGCCGCAGAGUUCCCUGCAGCAGGGAAGGCUCUGCUGGAUCCUGCACUGGAGCUGCAGUUCAGCAGGAUUGUGCCGGAGGGUGCCAGAGAAGCCACCUCACUGGGAAAGGGAAUGACCUGCACAGAGAAUGAACUGAUGCUGGGUGUUCCUUCGAGGCUUCCUUCGGUUUGUGGUGGAGUGGAGACCCCAUCCCUGCAUGCAGAAAAGGGUGUGAUGAGCCUCGAGGAGGUGGCCGUGCAUUUCUCGGAGGACGAGUGGGCCCUGCUGGACACCGGCCAGAGGUCUCUGCACCGGGAGGUCACGGAGGAGAUCCUGGCUUCUCUGGCGGAUUGCAGGGGGAGCAAUAGAAACGGUACACAUCAAGGACAGGAGAUGGCAGGCAAAGAAAACUGGCGGGAUGAGUCCAUUUCUUUUGAACAGUCAGAAGUCUGUGAUGUUCCAAUGGAACAAGCACCUUCUCAAGGAGGCAGAAGCAGUAUUUGCAAUGGGGAAAGACCGCGGGAUCACUCCAACGACAAAAGGAGGCAACAGGUCCACAUUUCUAAACAACCUGGAAGUCACAAAGAAAGGAAGAUCUUCAGAUGCUUGAAGUCUACAAAGGAAUUCUGUCAUAGGCCAGACUCUAACAUAGAAAAUGGAAUGCACACAGGGCAGAAGCCAUUUAAAUGCUCAGAGUGUGGGAAGGGCUUCAGUUGGAAAAGAUCUCUUAAAACGCACCAAAGAUUCCACACAGGAGACAAUCUGCAUAAAUGCUCGGAGUGUGGAACGAGCUUCACUUCGCACUCUCGUCUUAAGUUGCAUCAAGCAAUUCACACUGGUGAGAAGCCAUUUAAAUGCUCAGACUGUGGAAGGAGCUUCAAUCAAAGCUGGAACCUCAAAAUACAUCGCCAAAUCCACACAGGAGGCUCAGUGUGUGGAAAGAGCUUCCGUCAAAAUGCACAUCUUAAAGGACAACAGAGUAUCCACACAGGGGGGAAGCCCUACCCUUGCCCUGAAUGUGGGAAGAACUUCCGUGAUUGCAAAAGCCUUAAACGGCAUCAAAGAAUUCACACAGAGGAGAAGCCAUAUAAAUGCUCUGAGUGUGGAAAGGGCUUCUUUCAGAGAACAUCUUUUAAAACACAUCUCAGAAUUCACACUGGAGAGAAGCCAUAUAAAUGCUCAGAGUGUGGAAAGGCCUUUACUGAUAAUUCAACUCUUAAAAUCCAUCACAGGAUACAUACUGGGGAGAAACCAUAUAAAUGCUUAGAGUGUGGAAAGGGGUUUUGUCGGAAAGGAGAACUUAACUUACAUCAAAGAAUUCACACUGGGGAGAAGCCAUAUAAAUGCUCAGAGUGUGAAAAGAGCUUCUUUCUGAGUACAUCUCUUAAAAUCCAUCUCAGAAUUCACACAGGGGAGAAGCCCUAUAAAUGCUCUGAGUGUGGAAAGUCCUUUGGUGAACGUUCGAACUUUCAAAUCCAUCAUAGAAUACACACUGGAGAGAAGCCGCAUAAAUGCUUAGAGUGUGGAAAGCGCUUCGUUCAGAAAGGAGAACUUAAAUCACAUCAAAGAAUCCACACAGGGGAGAAGCCAUAUAAAUGCUUAGAGUGUGGCAAGAGCUUUGCUCAGAAAGGAGUCCUUAACUCACAUCGAAGAAUUCACACUGGGGAGAAGCCCCAUAAAUGCUCCGAGUGUGGAAAGGCCUUCUCUAGGAGUGCAUAUCUUAAAAUGCAUCUCAGAAUCCACACAGGGGAGAAGCCCUAUAAAUGCUUAGAGUGUGGCAUGACCUUUGCUCAAAGCGCGGACCUUAAAAUGCAUCACACAAUUCACACUGGGGAGAGAGCAAAUGAAUGUUCAGAAUGUGGAAAGAGCUUCAGCUCAAACUCUUACCUUAAGGUGCAUCAACGGAUUCACACAGGAGAGAAGCCAUUUAAAUGCUCAGCGUGUGGAAAGUGCUUCAGUUGGAAAGCAUCUCUUGAAUUCCAUCAAAGAUCCCACAUGGAGGAGAAGCUGCAUAAAAAGUAAUUGUGGAAAGAACUUCUCAGUCUGCUAAGUUGCAUCAACAGAAUCACACAGGUGAGAAGCCAUUUAAAUGCUCAGAAUGUGGAAAGGGCUUUGCUCAGAAAGGAGACCUUAACUCGCACCAAAGAAUUCACAGUGGAAAGAAGCAAUAUAAAUGCUCUGAGUGUGGAAAGAGCUUGGCCUGGAACACAGACCAUGACUCACUGGGAAGGGCCCAUUCAGGGGUGGAACCCUUUCCGGGUUCAUUGUGCAGAAAGAGCUUCAGCAAAAGCAGGUGCUUAAAGUUGCAUCAAUGAACUCACACAGGCGAGCAGUCAUCCAAAUGCUUCAAAUGUGGAAAGGUCUUCAGUGAGAGCACAAACCUUCGAAACCAUCUCGGCAUCCACCGAGGAGGGAGCCACAAUGCUAAGUGUGUGGAGAGGUUCAGUCAGGGCUGGACACUUGAGGCACAUCCAACUAUCCAUACUGGAGAGGAGGGGAGAGAAAAAAGAGAAAGGGGAAAUUAUCUUUCAUUGUAAUUUGGUUUUAAGAUAUCUAUCAGACUUCUUCGGGAAAUUAAUGGUCUGAAUUGGCUACCUGUAAGUAUGUAUAAUCAGGUAAAACUGUAGAUACAAGUUUAGAUGAACAAGUCUUUAUUGUUUCUUUGUGCAAUAUCAGGUACCUAGUUGUAUUAGCAAUCUUAGUAUGUGGUCCCUUAGUAACCUUGUCUUUUGAAGCUUCUUUUUUUCUGGUUUUUAUUAUCUAUAUAAGAAUAUAUAUCCUUGUAUGUAUGAAAAAGUAACCACACAGGAGAAAGUUGCACACCUCCUGUGAAUGUGAGAAGAACUUCCUUGAUUGUGGAAUGCUUGAAGGGCAUCAGAGAAUGCACGCGGGGUUGUGGAGGAACUGUAUAAAUGCUUAGACAGUGGAAGGAGCUUUUCUUGGAGUGAGUAUGUUAACUCACAUCAAAGCAUUCACAGACGGGAGAAGCCGUAUAAAUGCGUAGAGUGUGAAAGCAAUUGCCUUAGAAGCCCUCUACAAAUACACAGAGGAGAGAAGUCCAAUCAGUGCUCAGUGUGUUGCAAGAAUUUCCUGCAUAGAAACAGCCAUAAACACAUGAAACUGUCCAUACAAUUGAAAGGCCCUAAAAUGCUUCGAGUGUAGGCAGAGUUUCAGGGAGAAUAGACUACUUAAAUUGCAUUGAAAGUUUCACAUGGGGGGGAAGCCUUAUAAAUUUUGGAGUGUGGAAAAAGCUUCGUUCUGUUUUCAGUUCUUAAAUCUUACCGAAGAAUUCACUCGAAAUAAACCAUGUGAAUGCUCUGUGGGUGGCAAGAGUUUCAAACAUGGCGUAAGCUUUAGUGUACAUGGACAAAUCCACAAGGAAGAAACUUUAAAAGGUGCUCAGAGCGUAGAAAGAACUUCCUUUGGAGCAGACUCCUUAAGCAGCAUCGAAGGACUCACUCGGGUGAGAAGCUAUUUGAAUGCUCAGAAUGUGAAAGGCCCUUCAGGCGAAGUUAUUAUUGUUGUUAUAACAUUUCUAUGCCGCCCCUUGCCGAAGCCUCGGGCCGGCUUACAACACAAUAAGAUACAUUGAAAUAAAAUAGAACAUAAUAAAUUACCACUAAAUACAAAAAUACAAGUUCAAACCUUAAAACUCCUCAAAGAAUCCACAUGGGGAGAAGCCCCAUCAGCGCUCAGCAUGUGGAAAGAGUUUCAGAGCAGGAACCUUAAGAUGCAUGAAAAUAUCCACACCGGGAAAAGCUCUGCACUUGCGGUGAAUGUGGGGAGAGCGUCGUUGAUUGCGUUCGGCUAAAACAGCAUCAGAGAGUUCCCAAGACAAGCCUGCUGAAUGUUGGUAUGUGGAAUGAGCUUUGGCUACAGCGCACUGCUUCACUCGCAUAACAGAAUUCCCAGAGGAGAGAAGCCCUUUGAAAGCUCAAUAUGACAAGCGUUGCUCUUUCCCCGAAAAUCAUAAACCACACAGAAGAAUCUGCACGAAGCCCUUUCUGUGCUCGGUAUAUGGAAGGAGAUUCAGUCAGAGUGAGAGCCUUAAAGACUGUUGAAAUAUCCACACCAGGGAAGGUCCCUCUAUAUCUUCUGAAUGCAGAAAUGCUUCUAGCAAUAGUAGAGGGCUUAAAGCACCUUAUAAAAUCACACAGCAGAGUAGCCACGUAAAUGCUCAAGAGUAUGGAAAGAGCUACACCAAGCAUGGUCAGUUAAAUCUCAUCAAAGGAUUGCUACAGGGGAGAAACCAUAUAAACGCUCAUAGAGUGGAAAAGGCUUCAUUCAGAGCUGCAAGCUGAAGUGGCAUUGGAGAACCCAUGGGAAGAAGCCAUUUGAGUGAUCAGAAUGCGGAGAGGAUUCCAGGCGAAGCAUGAGCCUUAGAAUCCUUCACAGGAUCCACCCAGCAGGAAAGCCCUUUCGAUGCUCAGUGUGGGAAAAGUGUGUCAGCCGGAGUGUUUCAAGGCCUUGAAUUUCCACCAACCAAUGUGUGCAAGGGAGAAGCUUCACCCUCACCAUGAACCUCAAAACAAAGCAGGUAGAAUCAGGGGAAAAGCUUUCUUAAUGAAGGAUUGAGAUCCAGGAGAAAGAGUGUAAAUACUCAGAAAGCAGGAGUGGGCCAAGCAAGCCUUGAUAUGCAGGAGAGGAUGUAAACAAAGACCAAAUGUAAAAUGCAGGGCAGAUGGUGAACCCGAGUGGUAGCUAGAACUGUUUCUGGAGCGAGCAUCUUGCCAGGUGCCUGGCUGGUCUUGGGCUGAACACCUCGUGGGCCCUCAGGGAUGGGUAUGGUGCUCUCCUGUGAUAUGUGAAGAGGGAGACAAUGCCAGGUGCCGAUAAAAGAGUCUUCCGCCCCCUUUUCCCUGUUUGGUGCUGAGGGCCAGGAUUGGCUCUUCCUGCCUGCCUGGCCCAAGGAUGCCUGGGGCAAGCAUGCCUGGAGCCCUGGGCAGCCUGCGGCCUUCUGGGUGGCCUCCCAGCAUCCCUUUAGAGGGGGCAGAAAGAGGCUGUUGGGAGGAAGAUCAGCUGCUUCCAUGUAGACUUUGGUCCCACUGCCUGCAAGUCUCCUUUGCGGCAGCUUUUCUCCGGCUCCUCCAGAUCCUCUUGACUGGAUGUCCUCAGCUUCUUCCUCCACUUCCCAAGCGAGUGGUGCUGAGCACAGGUGCUGGGCAUGAGGAAAGAGCCUGGUUUGCUGAAGAGCUUCGUUUCAUUCCUUAUUAAUUAUCACUCUUCGAAGGGGACUGUGGUCUGAUCCAUUGGCCCCGGUAUUCUCCCCUGCCCUGGCUCCAAACAAGAGCUUCCUCUCUUCAUGAAAAUGACUCAGCUUUGCCUUUCUUUAAAAUAAAAACAAUAUUUAUUCCUUA